AUGAUAACCGUGAUUUGUCAUCACUCUGUUAUAGUAGGGAGUAUGGCAUGGAUAAACAGAAGAAAUGCUCUAUCAUAUUAUUUUGUUGGUAAUGACGUAAACUAUGCAGGCUGCUCAUGUGGCUUGACCAAUACCUGUUCCAAGAGCGAAAAAAAGUGUAAUUGCGAUAUUAAUGAUAAAACAAGUAAUAAAGAUACAGGAGAAGUCACUAAUAAGCACGAUUUACCAGUUCUGGGAAUGGCUGUUGGAGAUACAGGUAAGACAUGUUUAUUUUGA